CCUUUUCAACAAGACCGCGACGAACGCGACUGCAAAACAAAACAACAAAUUUCUCGUUCAGAAAUCCCGCAGAAGCUUAUGCGGCAAAUUCCAGUCAAAAAUUUGGACGAAGCUGGUUCAAGAAGAUGAGCAAACGCCCGGGCCCUUUUGCGGAUGAUGUCUGCAGUGAUGAUUACCUUGAGCUGCCUCACGAAGAUUUCGCCGCAUAUUGCCGGUUGUGCUUUUCCAUCUCCCAGCUGGAACCGCUGUUUGCUUCGCGGAAGGACGAAAACUACCAGCUGAUCGGGAUGAUCGAAAUGUGCACCGGGAUCAAGCUGAGCCCGAAGACGGACAGCCCCUCGUCGAUUUGCCUCCAGUGCCGCAUCAUGAUGGAUGAAUUCAUCAGCUUCCGGAAGCUGUGUCAGCGCCUGAAUCGAGUCUAUCGGCGCAAAAGGAACGAAAUGGACGCGACUAAGGGAACAGCGGGAGCUGUGAACUAUCACCAAAGUGCGACAAUUAUUGCAACAGAAUCGCAGGAACUUCCCAUGGAAGCAGUGGUUUCGGAUGAACCGAUAGCGGCGGAAGGCGUUGCGGAAGAUCCGGCUCCAAUGGAGAUAACGGACGAAAUGUGUGCUACGACUGUGGCUCCUGAACCAUCCGCCCUGGAAGCUUCCGUAGUGGCGGAAGGGGUCGCUCCGGAAUCGUUCAUUGUCCAUGAAUUGUCUGACGAGGACGAGGACGACGACGACGUGCAGAUUACGGCCGUGGAAACGAUUCCGAUUGCAUUCGAUCUGAGCGAAGAUAACGACGAUCCGUUCAUCAAGAUGGCCAACGAUUGGUACUGUUGCAAGGCGUGUUCCCGCCUCUACCAGGCGUUUCCCCAACUGGUGGAGCACCUUCGCGAUGUACACCCGGACAAGGCGGCGAUAUUGCGCCAACGAUCGAAAGAAUCCUACUUCCGGCCCAAGGAAAGUGACCUGCAGACGGUGCAGUACGGAUCCGGGACCUACAUCAAGUGUGAUCUAUGUGAUGCCUUCUGGAGUAGUAAGGUCAACAUCAUGCGGCACCGCUGGAGGUAUCAUGGAGCAUUCGACGAUUGUCGUAAGAUUAUAUGCCGGGAGCCGUCCUGUAAGUGUUUCUUCAUGGAGACCAAAGCUCACAAUCGCCACUUGGAGAUUGUCCAUGGGCGCAAGCGCAGGCAGAGGAAAAAGGCCGCUCCGGAAAAGACGAAUGGCGCAUCCGCUGAGAACGAGAACGGGAACAAUGAUGACGAUGAUGAUGAUGUGGUACUCGUUACGAUGGAUGAAGACGCCUCACAGGCCAGGGCAUCGCCGAUUGUGGUGGAGGUCUACCCGAUUAAUGAAUGAUGGUAAGUGGAUCCACUUUAUUAUGUCAUGGGAUAUUGUAUGACUUGUACCGUUUUACUAGAUGUCCAUCAAUAAUAUAAAUUCAAGGACUGA